AACUAUGGCAACACUGUGUACACAAAUGUAAGCUUGAAUCCAAAAGUUUCAAAAUUAGUUAACUAGCAAAUGAUUAAAUGAUUCAAAGAAUAUAAUUUUCAACGACUCUAUAUGAAGUGAACAAUGCUCCUAUAAAUAAAGCAGAUUGAAUAAUAUCUUCCAGGACAAUAGAUACAUUUAUUAGAAAUAUAUCUACCAGGAGCUCUGCCUUUGUGUUUCUUGCCAAAAAUAGUACAGUGUACUCUUACUCUUGUUUUCAGAAGCCUCUCCCUGAAUGUACCGCAACAUUUUCAGCAAUAUUUGAAGAACUUGUAAAAUUCGUUUCAAAAGACAACAUGGAUUUUUCAAAUUUUCGAGACAAUGGAUGAUUAUUCCAUUUUUGGUCAUAAUUUUCAUAUUUCUUUUCAUCAACAUGGUUCCCAAACUGUAUACUUCACCAAGUCUGCCAACUCGUAAGAAAGUGGUCGUACAUUUAGAAAAUGAUAUAGACAAGAGCUAUGUCGGAGCAGGUUUUACUUCUAAAAAUGAUUUGAAGGAUGAUCCAUGUGAAAUAAUUCAUAUUGGAGUGGUUUGUUCAGGAUAUAAUGCCAACGUGUAUUUCCAUACCCUUCUGAAAUCCAUAUAUUUUCACAGGGCGAAUCCUUUACAUUUUCAUAUUAUAACCAAUAAAAUUUCAGAAAAUAUUUUAAGGAAAUUGAUAAAUAGUUGGAAUGUUCCUCAAGGUUUUAAAUGCAACAUUUUAUGAUUUGAACAGAUUCAUAGCUGAUAUUAGGUGGAUCCCAAACAGCCACUAUUCUGGGAUUCAUGGGUUGCUGAAGCUAUUAUUUCCCAAAAUAAUACCAUUGAAAGUUACCAACAAAAUAUUAGUAUUGGAUACCGAUUUGACUGUUAUGAGUGAUAUUUAUGAGUUGUGGAAGUUAUUCAGAAAGUUCAAUGAAAAGCAAGGAAUAGGCAUAGUUGAAAACCAAAGCGAUUAUUACUUAGGAACCAAUACUUGGCCUGCCAUUGGAAGAGGCUUCAAUUCGGGCGUUUUGUUGUACAAUUUAUAUGUUUUAAAGAAGAUUGAUUGGCCUAAAUUAUGGUCAAACCUAACUAAGAAGGAUGCCCUUAUAUAUGGUUCCACCCAGUUAGCUGAUCAGGACAUAAUAAAUUUGGUGUUGAAGGAACACCCAGAACUUCUUUACGAACUGCCUUGUGUUUGGAAUACGCAGCUCAGUGAUCAUACCUUAAGCUAUGAGUGUUAUAAAGACAGGAAAGUGAAGAUAGUGCAUUGGAAUUCACCAAAGAAAUAUAAUGUUGAGAAUAAAGAUGGGGAAUAUUUUCGUAGUUUAGCAACAGGGUUUUUAGAGUACAAUGGAAACCUUCUAAGAAAAAAAUUGCACUCUUGUGAUGCAUCUCGAGGAGAAAUAAAAAACGAAUCUGGGGAAUUUUGUCUAGAGCUACGUAAACUCACCAGCAGUCACUGGAGGACAUUAUUGUAUUUUCGGGAGUACAAGUAUAUGUCAGUCGACAAUGAUAUUACUUUUGUUGCUCAGUUGUCGUUUGACAGGCUGCAAAUGAUCGAAGAGCUUGUCAAAUCGUGGUCAGGUCCAAUAAGUUUAACAUUGUAUGUGACCGAUUAUGAACUGUCACAAAGUAUUACUUUCAUAAGUCACUCUCAGACAUUGCAAGGAAGGUUGAAUGUGGCAUAUCAUGCUGUUUUCAAAGAAGGAGAGUACUAUCCAAUAAAUACUUUGAGAAACAUUGGACUGAGUAAUGUGCACACUCCUUAUGUGUUUCUGGCAGAUAUUGACUUUCUGCCUAGUAAGGAUUUGUAUGACACUCUUAGACAACAUAUUUCUUCCAUGGGAUCACUGAUAAAAAAAGCCUUGAUAGUACCUGCAUUUGAAAUUCAAAAAUACGGUGGCCAAGCACCUGUAGAUAAGAAACAACUUCUCAAGGAAAUGGAAGAUAGAUCCGUCAUACCAUUUUUGUCAAAUAUAUGGAGUCCAGGACAUGCUGCGACAAAUUAUCAAAUUUGGAAAACUACUUCAAAACCCUACAAGGUCAAAUGGAAAGUUGAUUAUGAGCCUUAUAUUGUCGUUAGAAGUGAUGUUGUUCCUUAUGAUGAGAGAUUUGUUGGAUUUGGUUGGAACAAGGUGUCUCACAUAAUGGAACUGGAGGCACAAAACUAUGAGUUCAUAGUUUUGCCAGAUGUUUUUAUAGUACAUAAACCUCAUACCCCUAGCUAUGAAAUUGGUAGAUUCAGAACUUCUCCUGCAUACAGAUUGUGUCUUCAACUCUUGAAAGAAGAGUUCAUUCACAAGUUGAAUAAGAAAUAUAAUUGCUCCUUUCAGUAUUCAAACACAUCUGUCAGUUUUCCCAGUUCUCGUAGAAAAAAGAGGAAUUUAGGUUCUCAUACAACAGAAGCAACUAACACUGAUUAUCCAAUGAACGUUGAAUGAACAUUAAAAUAAUACAGAAAAGACUAGGCU